GAACGCUUCCAACACACAAUUCACGGCGAGCUCAGCUUGGGAACAAAAAAAAAAAGCCACAGAUCCAGCCAUUCAGCUCCUAGAAUUGUGUCUUUCCCCCCACCUCAACAAAAAAGGCGAGUAGGUGGGCCUGGAGAGGUCAUUCUUUAUCAAACGCAUUUGAGAAAAAGAGGAAGGCAGAGCUAAACAAGACUACCUGCUAAAAAGAAAGCUCUUUCUCUCCCGCUUCCAAACCACUGCCUUUGAUGUAUAGCAACAGAUCACUGAUCAGAUUACAGGCAUUUGGUCUCACUGCUCGUCUGCCUUUGAUCUGUGUGCUUAAUUUUAUUUUCCUGGAUUUGAAGUUUGCCUGGGCUUGUGCUGACAUACUUAAAAAAAAAAAAAAGAUGAUGAAGGCAUUUAAUACAGAAGCUCUGGCAGAGUGAAAUUCACUUACAGAAAGGGUGGCUAUUGGAUAAACAUCAGCAUACAUCAGAUUUAGUUCUUUGUUAAGGAAAAUCAUUCAGUAAUGGACACAAACAGUUUAUGGAUGGAGUAUACCAAAUGGCAAGUGCUGAUACUUCUAAUGUAUUUUUCAAAUACUAUAAUUUGUGAAACAGGAGAUUGUAGAGAGCAAGAGUUCAGAGAUCAUGAUGGAAACUGUGUGCUGUGCAAACAGUGUGGACCUGGAAUGGAACUGUCAAAGGAAUGUGGUUUUGGAUAUGGGGAGGAUGCCCAAUGCAUGACAUGCAGGCCGAACAGAUUCAAGGAGGACUGGGGCUAUCAGAAGUGCAAAACAUGUUUGGACUGUGCUCUAGUAAAUCGAUUUCAGAAAGCUAAUUGUUCUGCUACCAGCAAUGCUGUUUGUGGAGAUUGCUUACCAGGAUUCUACAGAAAGACAAAACUUGGAGGCUUUCAAGAUAUGGAAUGUGUCCCUUGUGGAGACCCACCUCCUCCUUAUGAACCUCACUGCACUACGAAAGUGAAUCUGAUAAAAAUCCCCUCAACUGCUUCCAGUCCACGAGACACUGCCCUAGCUGCUGUGAUAUGCAGUGCACUGGCAACUGUACUCCUAGCCCUCCUCAUCCUGUGUGUGAUCUAUUGCAAAAGGCAAUUUAUGGAAAAGAAGCCAAACUGGUCUAUAAGAUCACAGGACAUUCACUAUGAAGGCUCUGAACUAUCAUGCUUUGACAGAACACAGCUUAAUGUAUAUCCUCACAGAGCAUGUUGCCAGUGCCAACGGGACCCAUCACACAUGUGUGGCCCUGUGCAUCUGAUUCCAUCACUGUGCUGUGAUGAUACUUGCAGCCUGGAACACAGCUGUCAUAGCUGUCCUUUUCACUCUCAGACAACACUUCAUGAAAGGAAUUCAAAUUCUGUUGGUGAAAUGAUUCCAGCAUUCCUUGGUUCUCUUUCACACUCCAACUGUGCAGAUCUUUCUGAUGCUUGGCCCCUCAUCCAAAAGCCAGGUUGUUGUGAUGGCAUCUCAUUCUGCGAAUCAUAUCCUGAGCUGACAGGAGAAGAUGAAAAUUCUUUCAGCCUAGAGACUGAGAAAAAUAUCAUUAUGGAUUCCAAUAAUGACCGAGAUCUAAAUCUAUUCAUGUCUAUGAAGUCUCAUUUUAGAAGCUUGGCAGAGUCAGUUGAACAUCCACCCCAAACUUCUUGUAUCACUGCUUCAUUAAAUCAGACAUUAGCUCCUGAACAGUUGUCAGCAGCAGAACAGGAUGGAGCAGCUAACAGUUCUAGAAACUGAUGGCCAGGAAUCCAAAGGACCCGUUCC